CGCGGCCGCGCAGCGCCAGGCGGGCUCUGGCGGGGGCCAUGGCGGAACGCGGGGCCUGAGGAGGCGCGGGGCGGCAUGGAGGCGGAUUUCGCUGCCUUCGGGAGUCCACUGUGCGGCGAGGUCAAGCGCUUCUGCAGGCGGCUUCAGGAGACCUACCGGGAGAUCAAGGAGGACCUGACGCCCUACAAGGAUGACCGCUACUACCGGCUGGCACCGAUGCGGUUAUAUACACUGUCCAAACGGCAUUUUGUCCUGGUCUUUGUAGUAUUCUUUGUUUGUUUUGGUCUGACAGUCUUCAUAGGAAUAGCAGGUCCUAAUGUAAUUGAAACUUCUGUAGCAAGAACUCACUCAAAUAACAGCCUAAAGCUGAAGCCAUUUAAUUUAAGUUCACCACCAUUGUCUACCUACAAUCAGCAGCUGUGGCUGACCUGCAUACUUGAAUUGAAGCAGGAUGAUGUUACAGUAUCCCUCAAAAAGAAUGUUACUAUGACAGUGAAAGUACUCGGGGUGGUGAAGGAUGGAAGCACACCCUAUGUCAAUAAUCAAGUUCACAACCGGACCAGGUUGCUUAGUUGUGCGCAGAAAUGCAGUGAAAUCAUUGUUGUUCACCUUGGCUACCUGAACUACACUCAGUACAAUGUAUUUGUUAGCUUUGAAGACCUAAAGUUAACUGAUGACAUCAAGAAUGUUACUUUCACAUGGAAGACCUACAAUCCAACUUUUUCACAAGUGGAAAUAUGGUUCCGCUUUGUCUUUGUAGUUCUUACUUUUAUGGUCACGUGUUUGUUUGCACAUUCCCUGCGGAAAUUCUCCAUGAGAGACUGGGGUAUUGAACAGAAAUGGAUGUCCAUCCUCCUUCCCCUGCUGCUACUUUACAAUGAUCCAUUUUUCCCCCUUUCUUUUCUGGUGAACAGCUGGUUCCCUGGAAUGCUGGAUGAUCUAUUCCAGUCACUAUUCCUGUGUGCACUGUUACUGUUCUGGCUUUGCGUCUACCAUGGGAUAAGAGUGCAGGGGGAAAGGAAGUGCUUGACCUUUUAUCUGCCCAAAUUCUUUAUCGUUGGACUGUUGUGGCUGGCCUCUGUUACAUUGGGAAUAUGGCAAACUGUUAAUGAAGUACAUGAUCCUACAUAUCAAUACAGGGUUGACACAGGUAAUUUCCAGGGAAUGAAAAUUUUCUUCCUUGUGGUGGCAACUACCUACAUUCUCUACCUUUUGUUCCUGAUAGUGAGGGCAUGCUCAGAACUUCGUAACAUGCCUUAUGUUGAUCUCAGGUUAAAAUUCUUAACUGCAUUAACCUUUGUAGUGCUUGUCAUUAGCAUUGUUAUACUCUACCUACGCUUUGGAGCACAAGUUCUACAGGACAACUUUGUUGCUGAGCUGUCGACUCAUUAUCAGAAUUCAGCAGAAUUCCUAUCAUUUUAUGGUUUAUUGAACUUUUAUCUCUACACGUUAGCCUUCGUGUACUCCCCCUCAAAGAAUGCACUAUAUGAAUCACAGUUGAAAGACAAUCCUGCUUUUUCUAUGCUGAAUGAUUCAGAUGAUGAUGUGAUUUAUGGGAGUGACUAUGAAGAAAUGCCACUUCAGAACGGCCAAGCUAUUAGAGCUAAGUAUAAAGAGGAAUCAGACAGCGACUGAUUUUGAUGCAGACAGACUUGCUCAGUUGGAAUUAAACCAAUUUUGAAGAUUUCCUGGAUGGACAACUUCCUUGGCUUCCUUACAGUGUGCUGUCAUCUGAACACCCAACUCCUAGGAAGGACAUCCUGCUUCUCUUUCUGUUUACAAAGUGAAAUCUGAAAUGCUUGAAACAGUUAUGGUGAAGACUUCAGAAAUGUACAUUUUUAUACAUCUUGUGAAAUACCUGAUAGCAGGAUGCUUGUGGACUAAAAUCUCUUAAGUUUGUUUCCAUCUAGAAGUGUCACUGAUUAUAUACCAAUUUUAGAAUUGGCAAGGAAUGAAGUGUGUUAAGUUUUGGGAUUUUUUUUCCCUUUAAUGCAAGAAAGCACAGCUUUCCAUUUUUCCUUUGAAGAAAUCAUACAGACUUCAGGCCAUUUUUUCAACUUAACUGCACCAAAGUCACCUCAGUGGUACAAAACUACUUGUAUAAUACAUGUUUAAUAACAUGCAUUACUGCCACAACAGAAGGGUUUGGGUUUGGUUUGUUUUAAACAGCCCUUUCAAAUGGAAAUAUUUAGGCAGCAACAAACCUCAGAAGGAAGCCAGCACUCUUUUUUUAAUAUGCUGGAGGAGAUUGUUACACUUACAGAGAACACAGUAGGAAAGUUUCUUGGAGCAUUGCUAUUUCAAAUUUCCAAUGAUUUGAUUUACAGAGGCUUUUUCCACAUCAGAAUUUAUCCUUAAGUUAUAUUAGCAGAUAGUUAAUUGACAUCCUAGGCACAAUCGUGGUUGCUCGUGUACUGAACAUGGGUGAGAGUUAGCUUUUGAGCGUGGUCUGUCCGUAGCUCAGCUUUUAUGCCACAGUUGUCAGCUGUACUGAUUCAAACUUUUGCUGGCACAUCUUUCAAUAGUCUGUAUUCCAGUCUGUGCUGGAGCAGAUUUUAUAUGGGAAUUAAGUAUUCCUAGUACAAUGCUGCUUUACUGAAAAGUUACUUUUUCUCCUACAUUAUUGUUCUGUUCUUUAUUUAAGUGGAUGCUGUUUGUUUCUAGUACUUUCAUUUUCAUGUACUUGACCUGUCUUAAAGUUCUGGAUUUUUUUCAUGGAUUUGUUAACUGUGAUUUAUUCUUAUAAAGUUUUUCUGGCCUGCUGCUCUAGAAGACUCUCAAAAGUCCAGAUAAUGUACUAGAAAAUGGUGUUGGCUCACACUAGAAAAUUGUGGUCAUCAUUGAGGCAGUUUAAGUAGAAGAGUGAAGUCCUACUAGACUUGCUGAAUCACAUUGGGGGAACAGAUUUAUUUGGCUUCGUUCUAGACUGUUCUCAUUGUGAUAACUUCUUGGCAGCAGCCAAAGAUCAUGAAGACUUUCCAAGAUAGCAGUUUGCUUAAAGAGGACCAAAGGAAAUGCUUUGUGUGCUGCAUCCUUCCUAUCAAGAUUAGUUCAGAUUAUGUUGGUGCUCUACUAAAGACAAGUGUGCUAAGAUGCUCUGUAAGAGAGAGAGAGAGAACACUUUCUAAAAUCAUGAAGACCUGUGACAUUUUUGUGAGCAUCUGAUACUUAAAACUUGUGGUACCAAGGAUCAUUUGUUUGUUAGAAGCCAAAGUAGUGCUGCUGGGGUGGAGGGAAAGAUUUUCCCCCUUUAAUUUAUUAAUGAAUUGCUGUCAGUUAGAAGAACAUAUCAGAAAAUACUAUUUUGAGUUAGUGUUUUCUUUUUUUUCUCCCAGUGAAGUGCAAUUAGCUGCACUUUCAGCACUUCCUAUUACACUUAGCAAGUUUGGAAGAUGACUUUUGUUAUGUUGAAAGGGGAGAGACCAUGUUCCUUUUUACUCUUUCCCAGAUGACUCCUGAGGUUUACAGCUGUUUGAAUUUGCAAAGUCAGACUUGGGAGCCACCUACAAAUUCCUUGCAUACUCCCAGUUCUUUUCACUUGCAUUGGAGUGAUAGCAGAUACAGGAACUCAAAAAUUGGUAUUAUAUGACCCUUAUAUAUUCAGAUCCCAUAAUGUUUAAUUCAGUUCUAAAUUGUGCUGAAGAGACAAGAGGUUUGAUUUGACCAAUGUGCAAAGUAUAUUGAUGGUUCUUAUCACAGUCUGAAAACGAUUCCUACAGGAAUAUUACAAUAUGGGUUGGAAGCUGCUUGAAAGUAGGUGACAUGAAUUCACCUCUGAGUACUGUAACCUAAGGGUGAAACAGAAGAUACCUGGACAAGAAACUGGCCUGCCCUUCCUUUCAUUACUGCUAAAGUAAUUAAGUAUCUCCAUCACUAGUGGAACUGUCUAAAAUGAGAAAAGUAUGCAAAAAGGCCUCAGAGCAUACAGCAUUCCUGCUCUAAAGAAAAUGCUAUCUAUAAAAUAACUGCAAGACUUCCAUGUACAGUGAUCAAGAGGAACUUUUAAGAAAUCAAUGCCUGAGCUUACACCAUUCAUGGCAACCAUUUUCUGUAGUAUCUGCUAUAAAAAUACAGUUGCUGUUUGAAGUGGUUGGAAAGAAGAGGAAGUAGAAGGCUUAACACUAAGGAGCAGCUAGUGCAACAGAGUCACGGCAUUAAUACUGAGGAAAAUGGGAGGAUGGUUCCAUCUAGGGAAGACUUUGAUCUGUUGUCUUUCUCUGAGCCAAAAGACAACUUUGUAUCUGUAGUCACCUAACUGUUCCCCCACUUCCUUUUGCUUAUACCAGUAAUAACCUUUGCAUUACUCUUAAGUGUUUUUUUUAGAAGUUUGUAAAUAUGUAAAAUGAAAAUAUGGAAGAAUUGUAUACCAAAAUGGUAUAAAGAUGUGUAAGAUAAAUGCUCUGUUUAAUAAGAAGCUGUAAUUAAUACUGCUUUGAGAAAGUGUGCAUGAGGACGUGUGUUAAAUAUUCUGUGUAUCUAGUAAUUGUGUUAAUGACAGCCAAUUAUCCAUUUAUGUUGGAAAACUUCAUGCUAAUAUGCAAUAUGAAGGAAAAAGUAGUAUUUUACUUCAAGCAAAAGUUGGGUAUUGAGCUUCUUAAGAAUUCAUUUGCAUAAUCGUUAUUAAAUAUGUUCAUAAUAAAGUUUUUUAUCUUUA